AUGGCGCUCCCCGUGCGGACUAACUUGAGACGUCUCCUCAGAUUCAUUCAGAAGUUUCAUUCUUCGGAAAGGUUCCUCUGCGCUGCUGCUCGUGCGGAUAAGAAGGAGCCUCCAGGAAGUGGGCGUGUAUUCUCUGGGAUCCAGCCAACUGGGGUGCCCCACCUGGGCAAUUACCUGGGUGCCCUGGAGAACUGGGUGGCCCUGCAGCACCAGUACCCUUCGGUGCUCUACAGCAUUGUGGACCUGCACUCCAUCACCGUGCCUCAGGACCCGGCCCAGCUCCGGACCAACAUAGUGGACAUGGCAGCCAGCCUGCUGGCCUGCGGCAUUGACCCAGAGAGGGCGAUCCUCUUCCAGCAGUCUCAGGUGUCCGAGCACACUGAGCUCUCCUGGAUCUUCAGUUGUCUGACCAGCAUGCCCCGCCUCCGACACCUGCCGCAGUGGAAGAUGAAGAGCAAACAAAAGAAUGAAGGCAGCGUUGGUCUCUACACGUAUCCUGUCCUCCAGGCUGCCGAUAUUCUCCUCUACAAGUCCACUCACGUACCCGUCGGAGAGGAUCAGAUCCAGCAUUUAGAGCUGGCUCAGGAUCUCGCUCGUAUGUUCAACAACCGCUACGGAGUCCUGUUCCCUGAACCCGGCGCCUUGCUCAGCUCUACACGAAAGGUCAAAUCCCUCCGUGACCCCUCCGCCAAAAUGUCCAAAUCUGACUCCCAAACGAUGGCGACGAUCACCAUCACAGACUCUCCUGAUGACAUCGCCCUCAAGGUUCGCCGUGCUGUCACUGACUUUACCUCUGAGGUCACCUUUGACCCCGAAACGCGGCCAGGUGUGUCUAACCUGGUGACGAUCCACUCGGCCAUGGCGAAGAUCAGCGUGGAGGAGGCGGUGGCCCAGGCCAGAGGGCUGGACACAGGCGCCUAUAAGGGGCUCGUAACCGAGGCUGUGAUCCAGAGGUUGACACCCAUCAGAGAAGAGAUCGAGAGGCUGAGGUCGGACCGUGCUUACUUGGAGGGAGUGCUGGCCCAGGGAACUCGCAGGGCUCGGGAACUGGCUGCACCGGUCCUCAAAGAGGUCCGACAGCGAGUGGGAUUCACUGAAUAAAGCUACACAGACUGGUGGAGGACCUCUGUCUUUGUCUCAUUGAAGUGAAUGAGGUGGCUGUGUCUGCCUUUGAGUUUUGGCUGUAUGCAUUUCCUCAAAUACCACACAAGCUACCGUUUUGAUACGCUCUCCAAUAUUUAGUGGUCUUGACCGCAGUGCUCACAGACAAAGUGCUACACACCCAAAAUAAUGAAAACUUCUGGAAACACCUGAAAUCAAAAACUCUUAUUCAAAGAGGUAACAUUUAUUUAUUCCAUUACCCUUAUUUGGUUUGUGUAUUACAUGUUGAAUGUAGGUCACAGAUGUGGAGAGCUGAUGUUGUAGCACAUGUCCAUAUUUGCAUGUGUGGAGUCAGACUGGAGUUAUGAA